AUGGAGUCUCUUCUGUCUCUCGCCUUCGACAACCUUUCCUCGUAUGACGGACCAAAAGUCCGUAAGGGCCUUCGCCAGGUCGAAGGCCUUCUAGCUCAGAUCUGUCUCUCUAAAGCAAACUCUCGAAACGACCGUGCACAUCGAAACCGGGAUACCGAUGACGAUGGGAGUGAAGGAUCAACACCCUCUCAAAAGGAUCUUUCCCAACUUUCCCGCGACCCGGCAUUUCGAGAGUUUUUCAAAUUGCAGGAGGGAUUCGAAUGGAACGUUGCGAUGCGCCUUAUCAGCACUCUCGAUCGACUUAUGGCCAAGGGAGGUGAUGGCGGAAACGACCUGUUAAUUCUGAGUGCCCUCGACCUCAUACAAGGAGUCUUGUUGUUACACCCUCCCAGCAAGUCUCUCUUUGCCCGAGAACAGAAUAUGAACCUCCUCCUUGACCUUCUCGAGCCCUUUAACUGCCCUGCGAUCCAAUCUGCGACUCUCCUCACACUCGUCACUGCUCUAAUCGAGACCCCAAUCAACACCCGUACCUUUGAGAGCCUUGACGGCCUUCUCACUGUUACCUCUCUCUUCAAGUCGCGAUCCACCGCCCGUGAGGUCAAGCUGAAGCUCGUUGAGUUCCUCUACUUCUACCUCAUGCCUGAGAUUCCUUCGAUUCCCCGAGCCGAUCAGCGCGAUAGUGUUCCCGCUAUGCUUCAGCGAAGUCCUAGCAAACUCGCAGGUGCCUUCAAUGCCGACCCACUUCGCAAGCGUUCCGGCUCUGAUCCUGAAGGUGACAUCUAUCUCACCACGGAGGAGAAGCAGGAGCUGCUUAGCCAGCAUCUGAGCAGCGUAGAGGAUCUUGUCAAAGACCUCCAAAACUGCGCACCUUUUGGCGGUGUUGUCUGCUAA